UGGCAACAGCUGAGUGGUUGGCAGAAAGCAGAGGUCUUCCAGAGCUCUGAAUUGUAACGAGAUUCAGCCUCGCGGGUUCACGAGGCGUGAGCCGUUCACUGGGAAUUUGGUUCUUCUGGUCUUGUGGAGCAAAGUUGGCUCAACUCACCUCAUUUCACACAUUAACUGUUGUGUUUGCGUAGAAGAGAGACAUUCUCAUUCUGCAGGCGGUCUCCACUACCUCACGGAAGAAAAAUGCUUCACUUCCCGUGGAAAAACAGCCAAGUCGACUUGGUUGCUUGGAUUAGAGAUGCAGACGCCACAGCGCGGGGCCCCCAACCUCCUGCUCAUCCUUCUGUGCCCCGUCUUGCUGGCCGUGGUCCUGGCUGCUGUGGAGAGCCAAGCACUCUAUGAACUUGAGAAGGAGCCAGCGUACUGGGAUGCUCAAGCGAGGGCGACACUGGAUGCUGCGCUGAAACUCCACCCUAGGAAUCACCGGGCCAAGAACAUCAUCCUCUUCCUCGGCGACGGGAUGGGUGUGUCCACAGUGUCAGCAGCUCGGAUCCUCCGAGGUCAGAUGGAGGGUGCAUCGGGAGAGGAGACAGUGCUGGCCAUGGACACCUUCCCAUAUGUGGCCCUGUCUAAGACCUACAGUGUGGACAAGCAGGUAGCAGACAGCGCUAGCACGGCUACAGCCUACCACUGUGGGGUGAAGGCCAAUGCUAAAACAGUAGGGCUCAGUGCUAACGCAGUGGCUUACGAGUGUAACACCACCUUUGGUAACGAGGUCUACUCAGUAUUACGACGCGCAAAGGCACAAGGUAAAUCAGUUGGUAUAGUGACAACCACGCGUGUCCAGCAUGCUUCCCCAGCUGCUGCCUAUGCACACUCUGUCAGCCGCAGUUGGUACAGCGACGCAGAUCUGCCUUCUAGUGCCCGUCGACAGGGCUGCGUCGACAUUGCCACCCAAAUGGUCACCAAUGUUGACAUAGAUGUGAUUCUGGGAGGAGGAAGGAUGUACAUGACACCAAAAGGCACCCCAGACCCAGAGUACCCUACCUCCAACUCUCGCAAGGGGGACCGCAAAGACAGGAGGAACCUCAUUGACGUGUGGCUGAACGCUAAGCCGAACAAGAGGUCACACUAUGUUUGGCACAGGAAGGAGUUUGAUGAGAUUAAUCCUAAAACGACUGACCGGCUCAUGGGUCUGUUUGAGCCAAAGGACAUGAGAUUUGAGGUUUUCCGGAACAGCACACGAGACCCCUCCAUUGUGGAGAUGACAGAGAAGGCCAUACAAAUCCUCAGCAAGAAUCCCAAAGGAUACUUCCUGUUUGUGGAAGGAGGGAGAAUUGAUCAUGGUCAUCAUGACGGCAUUGCAAAGCUGGCCCUGACGGAGGCUGUGAUGUUUGAUCAAGCCAUUCAGCGCGCUGCACAGCUAACCAGAGAAUCUGACACACUGACUGUGGUCACUGCUGACCACUCCCACGUCUUCACCUUUGGUGGUAACACACCUCGAGGGAAUCCCAUCUUUGGUCUGGCACCAAAGAAAGCCGAUGACAAAAUGCCUUUCACCAGCAUCCUGUAUGCCAACGGCCCCGGUUACGUCCAUAUAAAUGGAACCAGGGGAAACAUCACAAUGGUGGAUUACUACGAUGAGGAGUACAUGCAGCAGGCUGCCGUCCCACUGGACGCUGAGACGCACGGCGGAGAGGAUGUCGCCAUCUACGCCAAAGGCCCAAUGGCGCACCUGUUCCAUGGGGUAAAAGAGCAGAACUACGUUGCACACGUCAUGGCCUACGCUGCGUGUUUGGAGCCUUACACGAACUGCCCCGCUCACCCCCACAACCACACCUCAGCUGGGUGUGUGAACACACCCUCCAGCUUCCUGUUUGGCUCACUUGGCCUCCUCUGGUUGUUCAGAUGACCCCCAAACACACACAUAUACACACACACACACACACACACACACACACACACACACAUCAAGACACACCCUCACACAAAUACAUUGCAUGCAUGCAGCAAUACAGACACGUAAUGCACUAAACAUUCAUACAAGCACACACGUUCACUGUAUGCACACAGGCUGGCAAGUCAGAAUGCAGGGAUAAACAUAUACGGCACUGUAUGUGAUAACUGAGAAAUACUCACAUGCUCACUGAUCACUCAGUGCACAUUCACACGCACAUGUAAUCUACCAUGCAUGCAUAAUGCAGGCUUAAACAUGUAGUAAGUGCAUACCAACAAACAGGCAGGCAUUGCAGGCUAGAACACAUGCAAAGAUCAUGAAAACAAUAUGCAAAGAUUAACAUUACUUCACAUGCAAACAGUUCUUAAAUAAACACUCCAUACAAGUGUUUCCACUGCAGAACCAUCAGCACUACUUCCAAGCUGUACUUGCAACAUGACUACUAACUUGCACUAACUAGUUGUUUCAUUAGUUAGUUAGAUUUUUCUCAUCUUCUUAUUUUUCAAGUUAAAUACAGUCUCAGCUAGCAUGAUCUGCUUGCUCAGAGCUUUCCAACACACUUGCAAGGAGCUGUAAUUUACCAUUUACACAUUAAUUUGAGGCUUUACCCAGAAUAACUUGAAACAGGCACACAGACCGAGGGCUCACAGUUCAGCUUGUGGACACUUAAAUAAGACACACAGCUGUUGAUGUUCAUGGAAUAUAUUAUAAUUUGACAGUAAGAGAAACCUGAACUACGAGCCAUCAUGCCAUGCCAAGCUGCAACACCAACAGACCUUACAAGAACUCAUCAAGAUACUGUACCUCUUUUAGGAGUGGAAAACAUUUAGCUUUUACAUUUUUUUAAGUUUGUAUCUUGACCUCACUGGUUCCAAAUAGUAAAUCUGUUUUCUGUCAGAUUGUCUGUUACUUAAUACAGUAUACUGUAUAAUCUAUUUGGAUUUUAAAUGAAUGUAUUUUGUAAGCAAAUAUUGUCAAUGUAUUUUUAUAUUGUGUUUUUGCAAGGAUAAAAUUCACCUUUUCUUGAUAA